AUGGAAGAAGUGUUUGUUAUACCUGAAUUUUCUCCACAAUUGAAGCCUGUGGUUGGUCAGAAGUUCCAACCCCUUGAUUUUGCUUUUGCGUUUUAUGAUGUGUACGCCCGCGCCGUCGGUUUUGAUACACGAAAACAAGGAAUGAGGAAGGCGGCGGACGGUGUAACUACUUGGUAUUCUGUCGUAUGCAACAGGGAGGGCAGCAAGAGGUCGAACGAGGAAGACGAUGUGAAUGCACGAUCUGGUUUUACUAUUAAACGCAGGCGGCUGUCCAAGCGAUGUGGUUGCAAAGCAAGUAUAUCCUUCAAGUUCUUUUCUGAAGCAGGAAUUCCGGGAUAUAUUAUUAAGGAGUUCAGAGAGGUUCACAACCAUUAUAUGGUGGAGUCAGAGCAUCAGCAGUUCAUGAGAACGUACAUCACAAAUUCAUUCUGGACUGUUCCAAAGCUAAUAUAG